AUGGAGAAACAACACCUCAAGUCCUAUGAUUAUUUCUAUGUUUCCAGUGCUCAAGGACCCAUGAAUGAUCAACUUCUCGCAGCCAACCAAUCUGACAAGAAGCGGAAUCACCGUCAAAUCAUCGACAAUCAAGAAAACAGCCAUGUUUCCACUGAGUUAACCCUUUCUUGCUGGUUUCCAAGCAUGAUCAAGAAACCUAGAACCACCCGAAUCAGUUCAUCAUUCUCCCUUCACAGUUCCAUCGUUGAUUCAACUCUCGCAGGGAAGGAGGAGGUUUCCACCCAACUAAAACUGUUUGAUGAAACUUGGGUCGCUGAUCAUGAUGCCUCUGCAACAAGAAAGGAGCCCGAUGGAGUAUCCAAAGAGUCCUCAGAAUUGAAACCGUUGGCUCGAGAUACUGCAAAUCAGAUAAUUUAUGGUCCUGAAGAGGAGAGAAAGAUGAGGCUGAAGCAUCCUGUUUGGACCAAACUGGUGCUUUAUGAUCCAUGGAAGAUUAAGAAGAGGCUAACUGGUAGUGAUCUUGGUAAUCUUUGCAGACUGUUGGUGGCAUCAGCUUUAGUCAAGGAUCAUAUUUUGCCAUUUAUGAAUAGUGAAACUCUUGAGAAGAUCAGAGGAGAAGGUGCUGAAUUUUGCUUCUGGGAUUGUGAUACAAAGACAGAGUUGAAUGUGGUUUUGAAGUACUGGCAUACAUCAAAGAGUUACAUCUUCAAAAAAGGGUGGCUGAAUAAUUUCGUGAAGAGAAGGAAUUUAGUUGAAGGAGAUCUUAUUGGGAUUUUUUGGGAUUCAACAGGGAAAAUAUUCAACUUUUCUGUGCUUGAGAGAGCUUCUGACACCUUGCAUGUUUUGUCAACCCAGCCUUCUUCCACAUAUUGGCCAUGCACUGAUUUCAAGAGGAAAAUGAUGGGAUACCAAGAACAAGAUUUUGACAGAAUGAAUCCAAAAUUGGAAGAAUGA